UGGGGACACUUUAUUUCCAUUGUACAGAGGGGAAACUGAGGCUCGGGGGCAUUAAGUUGUACGUAGCCCUGAGCCAACUGAGAAAACCCCCCACAAUUGGACGCACAAACACUCAUGGAGCGCCUCUUAGGCCGCCCGACGGUCCCCGGGAGCUGAGCAGACCCCUGACCCAGUCAAGGCCUCAGUUUCCCCGCCCACACUUCGCCUCUGUUCUCUGGAUUCUAAACGGCCCUCCCAGACCAGCAUUGAGCGGAAACUACAACUCCCGAGGGGCCUUGCGGUCAAAGCCUCGCGAGAACUUCCGAGGCGCGGGUGGCGGUGCUGGUCGCACGCUUCUCGCGCAGCCAACCGUCGCUUUAGUAAGGCUCGGGCUGCCUUUGGCGCUGCCGCUCCCGAAGGUCGCUUCAUUCAGGCAUUCGCCGGCGACAGCCCUGCAAGGGGAGGGCGACGUGAGGGGGCCUGACCGGGGCUCGGCGCAGGCGCAGUGAGUGCAAGCGGCGGCAGCCAUGGACGACGAGGAGGAGACGUACCGGCUGUGGAAAAUCCGCAAGACCAUCAUGCAGCUGUGCCACGAUCGUGGCUACCUGGUGACCCAGGACGAGCUGGACCAGACGCUGGAGGAGUUCAAGGCCCAGUUUGGGGACAAGCCCAGUGAAGGGAGGCCUCGGCGCACAGACCUCACGGUGCUGGUGGCCCACAACGAUGACCCCACUGACCAGAUGUUCGUCUUCUUCCCAGAGGAGCCCAAGGUGGGCAUCAAGACCAUCAAGGUGUACUGCCAGCGGAUGCAGGAGGAGAACAUCACGCGGGCCCUCAUUGUGGUACAGCAGGGCAUGACACCCUCCGCCAAGCAGUCCCUGGUCGACAUGGCCCCCAAGUACAUCCUGGAGCAGUUUCUCCAGCAGGAGCUGCUCAUCAACAUCACGGAGCAUGAGCUCUUCCCACAACGCCCCCAGUCAGUCCAGCAAGACCUUUUCCCUGACCUGCUUCUCAGUAAACUCCGAGAGAACCAGCUGCCCAGGAUCCAGGCGGGAGACCCCGUGGCACGUUACUUUGGGAUAAAGCGAGGGCAGGUGGUGAAGAUCAUCCGGCCCAGCGAGACUGCAGGCAGGUACAUCACCUACCGGCUGGUGCAGUAGCGGCCCGACAGACAGACGAGGCGAGAGGGCGCCGAGGGCCGGAUGUGGGCGGCCGUCCCAGCCCUGUGAGUGAGCCCCGCCUGUUACGUGCUCUGGAGGGAGCUUACAUCCAGCCUGUGCGCCCAGCUCAUGCGACAGACAGGUCACACUGCUGGCUGCCCCCUCUCUCUCGGCAAGUCCCCCGGGGGAUGGAAAGAUGGGCUGUGACGACCCACCAGGCUGGGAUUGUGGUGGCUGGCUGCCCGGGGGAGUCCGCUCCUCCUGGGAACCUUGCCUCUGCUCCCCUGGGCCGCAGGGUGGCCCGCCUUGGGCCUGCCUUUCCUGGCCUGAGGGUCCCCGUGGCCUCUCCUGGGCUCCUGGACGCUGAGCCCCACCCUGGAUCCCACCUGAUGGUGCUUUGGGAGGGGACAGGAUACCGCCCGGGCUUCUGUCGCCGUGUCCCCCACACAGUGGCCCUGAUGCUGCUUGUCUGGGUGCUCCGAGGGCAGUGGGGAGUGAGACCGAUUGCUACGGAAUGCUGGAUAUCUUAACGAAUUAAAAAUAUCUUGAGUAAAUAA